AUGCACGUAGUGGAAGGAAUGGGACAACAUGGGGAAGGAUCACAUGCAAGACGACACAUUACAUUUAACCUCAUGUUCUUUAGGCUCUUCUUGGCUGUGACAGUUUCUCAGAUUCUCCUUGUUUUUGACAACAUUAAUGGAUUUGAGGAGUAUUGGUCGUAUAUUUUUAGAAUGCGCCCCUCAAGUUUAUGUCGAAUUAAGAAACAUCAAGGGCUCUUCAAGGAGGAUGGUCUUACUGGAACACUUUCAUGUCGAUGGCUUAGGCUGCAAUCCUCUAGCCCGUGGCUACUCUACGGGGAGGAGAAAGCCUUCCCUUUGGCUGGAAGUUUUACCAUUCGGGCCAUGACCCGGGUUACUCUAGCAGUAUGUGGGGACUUCUCCCUCAUUUCCUGGGUUAAUGGCUAUAACUGGAACCAACUGUCUCUGGUUAGUGUACCUCAGGAUGGGAACUUUAAGGAAUAUUCCCAGGACCGCCUAGCAUCCAUCUUUGUUCCCUCUUUGAGACUGGUGGAUGUUUGGCACAUGGAAGCUCUUAGUAAGUACACGGUCAAAGCCCUGAAUGACACUCGAAAUAGCAUUUCUCUAUUAAAUACUGAGAGGCGAGGAAGCCGGGCAUGGCAGAGAAGCACGUUUCUCGCUAGCCUUGGUUCCCACGCGCCAUGGCGGCCCCGGGCCAGCGGCGGAAAGCGCAAAAGCAAAGCUCGGUAUGUGCAGGCCAAGCGGGCUCGGCGCCACGACGGCUGCCCCCGGCUACAGGGCAUUCUCAUUACCUGCAACAUGAACGAACGCAAGUGCGUGGAGGAGGCCUACAGCCUGCUCGACGAAUACGGCGACGACGUGUGUGGGCCGGGAAAGUUUACGCACAAAGAUCAGCAGCCCUCUGGAAGCGACGGAGAGGAUGAUGACAUGGAGGCUGUCUUGAAGAAAGAAGUUGGUGACAUGAAAGCAUCGACAGAGAUGAAGCUAAGAAGAUUCCAGUCAGUGGAGAGUGGAGCAAAUAAUGUAGUCUUCAUCAGGACACUUGGAAUAGAACCUGAGAAAUUGGUGCAUCAUAUUCUCCAGGAUACGUACAAAACCAAGAAGAAGACGGCUCGGGUUAUUCUACGUAUGUUACCCGUUUCAGGCACAUGCAGGGCUUUCUUAGAAGAUACGAAAAAAUACGCAGAAACAUUUUUGGAACCCUGGUUUAAAGCUCCAAACAAAGGGACAUUUCAGAUUGUAUAUAAAUCUCGAAAUAACCAUCACAUGAAUAGAGAAGUUAUCAAAGAAUUGGCAGGAAUAGUAGGCAGCCUCAAUUCGGAAAAUAAAGUGGAUUUUACCAAUCCACAGUACACGGUUGUAGUAGAAAUAAUUAAAGAUGUCUGUUGCCUGAGAGUUGUCAAAGAUUAUAUGUUGUUCAGAAAGUAUAAUCUCCAAGAGGUGGUGAAGAGUGCUAAGGACCCAUCACAACUUAACCCAAAGCAGCCAGUGAAAGCAGGAAAUGGGAAAGAAGCUAAAUUGGAAUCUGGUGACAAAUCAAAUCAACAUGACCCAGAAGGAACAAAUAACCAGCAGGUGGUACCAGAAAAUAAUGAGGAUGGGCAGACAAAACCAAGAUCUGAGACACAAGUGGUGAAUGAGGGAGGAGCUAAACCUGAACUUGAAAGUCAAGUCACAGAAAGAUCUGAGUCAAAUAAAAAUGAUCUCUCAUAA